AUGACACUAACGAUAUGCUUCGAUGCUCUUGGAACAUGCUUCACCUUAGCGGAUAUCAUCUCUGCUGUAGAUAAGACAUAUGGCGAUGAACUACGAAGGAAAGGAUGGGGUAGUCAAGGAUUCGUGAAUGAUUGGUUCCAUUCAGCUCAAAGGGAUUAUACUUAUCUCUCAUUGAUCUCAGCACCACCGCCGCCUAUCUCAACGAUCCUCAAAACGUCAUUACCGAUCUCACUUUCAUCAGCUUUAUCAAUUGAUCCACCCUCCUCUUCAGAAUUAGAAGAUAUAACAUCUCUAUUAUCUUCACUUCCCGCUUCACCAACAUUGAAAGAAGCUUACACUCUACUUCACGAUGCAGGGGCAAAAAUAGGUAUAAUUACCAAUGGAGCUAAAUCUACCACGGAAGGAUACGUUUCAAAGGCUGGUAUAUCAAAUUUGGUUGAGAAAGUUAUCAGUUGUGACGAAGUAGGAUAUGCCAAACCUCACAAAGAAGUAUACGAAGCUGCUAUCAAGUUUUGUAAAGAUCAAGAAGGGUAUUUGGGACAAAGUGACAGAUAUUUUGUGGCUGCUCAUAUCUGGGACUUAGCAGCCGCAAAGAGAGCUGGGUUCAACACCGCUCUGGUACUUUCCGACUUCCCAGCUCAAGUAGUGGAUGACGAAGACAGCAACGACAGUGUUCAAGAGUGGUAUAAAUCUUUUGGUGGAAGACCUGAUAUCGUAGGAAAAACCUUAUCAGAAGUAGCAGAGAAGAUUCUGGCUCAAAGGAAAUAG